UCACUGCUUCUUCCUGACUGCCAGCGACAGACCUGAGCGUUUGGAGACUGCUGGGCAGGUGAUUGCGCUCAGACUCCAAAUGAAAAUGUUUGAGAGCCUCGACUCUUCAGCUACAAAAUCUGGCCGGGAUCUCUGGGCUGAGAUCUGCUCUUGUCUGCCAAGUCCUGCCCAAGAGGAUGUUGCCAACAACACCUUCUCGGACUCCUUUAUGGAUUCACAGCCUGCAGGUGAAGGCCACACGGAAGCGGCAGACUCUGCUGUCCAGCCAGCUGGAAAACCCUGGGCUCCCUUGCAUGAUUCAGAAGUGUAUUUAGCGUCUCUAGAGAAGAAACUAAGACGAAUCAAGGGUUUAAAUGAGGAAGUGACUUCCAAGGAUAUGCUUCGAACUCUGGCCCAAGCUAAGAAGGAGUGCUGGGAUCGAUUCCUCCAAGAGAAGUUAGCAUCAGAGUUUUUUGUGGAUGGACUUGAUUCUGAUGAGAGCACCUUGGAGCAUUUCAAAAGGUGGCUUCAGCCGGAUAAAGUCGCCAUCAGCACCGAGGAGGUCCAGUUUCUCAUCCCUCCAGAGUCGCAGGCUGAGAAACCAGAGGCCGAGUUCAAGCCAGCCGCAGGAGAACAAUAAAUUACACACACAUCUACGCCAGGCAGCUGUGUGGGGCCCGGAGGGAACGGUGGAGAGCUUGACCGCGGCAGCAAGGAGAAACGUAGGGAGAGAUAAUGCCCAGGCUUCCAGUUCACAAAGCAAACAGCUGCUGGCCCCCAGGACCUGCUUGGGGCUGGCUUGUGUGACUGUCUUGGAUGAAGUAACUGACCCUGAGUGUGCUGGAUCAGAAAGCUUGACUGAACUCUGUUGCUGCAGGUCAAAGGUUUGCAAGGAUCCAGUGAAGAGCAGGGCGGGGCUGUUCUUGGAGACAUUGGCGCUCUUGUAUAGAACGUAUCAGUUAAGUGAGCCAUAUUUUUUUCCCCACUUCUAGGUCUUCACGUCUGUGUCUCAAGCAUUCCAUAGCUAAGUAGUAAGGAGCAAGUGUAGCCAAGGAGAGUGAAGUCAGCCUCCUUGACUCCAAGCCCUUGUGGGACUUUCUCACAUACUCGUCGUAAACAAGACUCAAGAGAAACAGGCUUUUCCUUUUGAUUUGUUCCUUGUGUCAAAAAUGGGGAGGGGGAGGAAGUGUGAAAACGUGGGUGUUUAUAUCGGUGUCGAUAUAUUUUCUUUCUCAUGGCUUCUCCCCCAACUUCUUUUUGUACCAAGUUUCAAAUUAGACUUGUAAAUAUG